AUGCGAUCCUUCGUUGCCGUUGCCUGCUUCUUGGCUGCUUUCGCUGCUGCCACCCCGGUUGACCUGCAAGCCCGCCAGGUGUCUUCCAGCAGCGUCCAAUCUGCUUCAGGCCACGAUGCCUCCCACCAGAGCUCGACCAGCAGCAGCCCAUUCGGAUACUCCCACCAGCAAUCCGACAGCGAGCACUCCUACAGCCAAUACAGCUCGGUGACCAACUCCAUGGCCCCCGUCUUCGGCACCAUCGGCCAGAUCCAGAACUUGAUGUCCCAGGGCAGCUUUUCCGAGUCCUCUGCUAUGAGCUACAUGUCCCGCCUCGCCCAGCAACUCCAGCCUGCCUUCGACGGCAUCCGCGGAUGCGGCUGUCUCCAAGACGUCAGUCUCAUCUCAUCUCUCUCCGAAGCAUCAGCUCUAUCGCUGACUGUUCUCUUCAUCCAUCUGUUACCCUAGCCCACCGUUGUAGUCCUCCUACAA